CGUAGAAUGCUCAGCUGACUGACUGACUGAUGUGGGAGGAAGGGGGGAAAGAAGAUGGAAGGCAACCGGGACGAAGCAGAAAAAUGUAUCAAUAUAGCGAUCCGGUCGAUUGAAUGUGGGGACAAAGAGAAAGCGCUGAAGUUUCUCUAUAAGGCUGAGAAACUGUAUCCCACCGACAAAGCUAAAGCUCUUUUGGAAGCAUUAACAAAGAAUGGGAGCUCAGCAGGAAACGGUGCGUAUCGGCGGAAACCGGCAGAACAGUCGGAAACAAACUCUUCCCAGCCAGGGAGAGGGGGUCAAGAGUCUGAAAGAACCGAGGCGACAAAAGGUUUCACGAAAGACCAAGUAGAAGGUGUACAAAGAAUAAAACGGUGCAAGGACUAUUACGAAGUGCUCGGCGUUAUCAAAGAAGCUGGAGACGAUGAUCUUAAGAAAGCUUACAGGAAACUGGCGCUGAAGUUCCAUCCGGACAAGAACCACGCACCCGGAGCAACAGAGGCCUUUAAAAAGAUUGGCAACGCUUACGCAGUUCUUAGCAAUCCGGAGAAAAGACGGCAGUAUGACCUGACGGGAGGGGAGGAGCCGAGCAGCCCGAGCCACUCGCACAGAGGUGGCUUUGACUUCCACAGAGGCUUCGAGGCAGACAUCACACCUGAAGACCUCUUCAACAUGUUCUUUGGAGGUGGAUUUCCACCCUCAAGUCCACAAACGUUCACCAACGGCAGAACAAGUUACAGCCAACAGACAGAUUACCGCCAAGAAAGAACCGAGGAAAGAGGAGACGGUGGUUUUUCGAUGUUUAUCCAGCUCAUGCCCAUUGUCGUCCUCAUUUUAGUGUCAAUACUGAGCCAGAUGAUGGUAUCUCCUCCACCCUACAGUCUCUAUUCCAGGACGUCUACAGGGCAAACUGUAAAAAGGCAGACAGAGAAUCUUCGCGUCGACUACUACGUCACCAGAGAUUUCAAGUCCGAGUAUAAAGGCUCAGCUUUACAGCAAAUUGAGAAAAAUGUGGAGGAGGACUAUGUCACAAAUGUUAGAAAUAACUGCUGGAAGGAGAGGCAGACAAAAACCGAACUGCUUUAUGCUGCUAAAGUAUACAGGGAUGACCGAAUGCGGAAGAAGGCAGAACUCAUGUCUAUGGACAACUGCAAAGAGGUGGACAGACUAAAUAACCUAUUCAGAGGUGGAUGAGAUGACAACUUUUGGGAUAUGUAUAUAUGCUGUAUAUGACUAGAUGUUGAUGUUAUAUUUCUUUUUUUUUUCUAAAGAAGAGCAAAAAUUUAAAUUAUUAACUCAGCUUCACAGUUGAAAAAGCCCCUCUCUUGCCGACUUCUUCCUAACUCCAGCCUGGCUGUAGACAUUGCAUCACCUUGAACUAAUCUACUCACUGUUGACACUUCCAGAUUUAUUUUCUAUUAUACUUUUUUUUUUACUUUGUCUUUCUCCUGGGAACAUGGCAGAAGAGAACCUUGAUUGUAAAGGCAUGUGUUUUUAGUCGUAAGCACUAAAGUGGCAUUCUGUACAAGCAAUAUACUGUCAGAAAAACAACUAAGUGCAACAGCUUUUUGCAAAGAAUGCUUAUCAAAUCCACCUCCUGUAUGUAGAAGGAAGAAUAAAAGUUUGUUUUAUUUUUUUUUCCACUUCAGUAUUUGAAGAUAAGUGAAUCUUUGAUUGUGACUUUUAUUCUCUCCACAUAUUUAGUUUUGCAAAUUUUAAAGCAAGCUGUUCUAACCACGAGCAGACACUGAAGCUGUUAUCAUUACCUGGCUGUACAUUUUCGUUUUGAAUGUUUAAUUAAAAUGUUAUUUAAAUAAAUAUAGAAGAAUUAACUUUUUCUUCAGUGCUUGCCUAAAUAUUGAAAUAAAAUUGAUUCCAUA